GUCCGCUCCGUAAGGCGGGGUAGCCUGUGAGGGGAUGGGCCCGAACUCGCUGUGUACUGGAGCUUGAGAGCUAGCGUAGAGAGCUCCCGGAGCCUGUGGGAGACCCCUGUGCGACCGCACCUCUGGGUUUUUCUAUUGCCUUUUUCUUCUCUGUACUUAACUGCACACAGCCAUCAGCCCACAAAGACAUGACCACCACCGUCAGCCCCUUGCACCCGUACUGGCCUCGGCACCUAAGGCUGGACAACUUUGUGCCUAAUGACCGCCCCACCUGGCAUCUCUUGGCUGGCCUGUUCUCCAUCUCUGGGGUCUUAGUCGUGACCACAUGGCUGUUGUCAGGUCGAGCUGCAGUCGUCCCACUGGGGAAUUGGAGACGACUCUCCCUGUGCUGGUUUGCAGUGUGCGGGUUCAUCCACAUGGUGAUCGAGGGGUGGUUCACCCUCUACCAUGAGGACCUCCUUGGAGACCAAGCCUUCUUAUCCCAACUCUGGAAAGAGUAUGCCAAAGGCGACAGCCGAUACAUUCUGGGUGACAACUUCACAGUAUGCAUGGAAACCAUCACGGCUUGGAUGUGGGGACCACUCAGCCUGGGGGUGGUGAUUGCCUUUCUCCGCCAGCAACCCUUCCGCUUUGUCCUACAGCUUGUGGUCUCUGUGGGCCAGAUCUACGGGGACGUACUCUAUUUCCUGACAGAACACCGUGAUGGGUUCCAGCACGGGCAGCUGGGUCACCCACUCUAUUUCUGGUUUUACUUUGUCUUCAUGAAUGCCCUGUGGCUGGUGCUGCCCGGAGUCCUCGUACUUGAUUCUGUGAAGCAUCUCACUUACGCUCAGAGCACGCUAGAUGCCAAGACCUCAAAUGUCAAAAGCAAGCAGAACUAGUAAGUGGCAGGCUCGCUUUGAACACUAGCUGAUGAGGAACUCAUCACUUGCCAGAAGAGUCAAAUCCUCCUCCUACAGGUUGGAGGGACAAAGUUAACUAAUCUGUCAGGCUCAGGCUAGUGGGUGGGAACAAAAAGAGCAAGAGAGAGGGGUGAGAAAGGGUCUCUGUGGAGCUACUGCCAGGAGCUGUUGGGACAAAGGCACAAGAAGCCCUAAGAGGUCCAUGAUGGUGGCAGUUUUUAAAAUCAGGAAAUAAAAAAUCUUGACUCUAACACUGAGAGA